GAGUCCACUCCAACCCCACCCCACGCUUUUGCCCUUUACGGUACCUUUCCUGCUGCGGCGGUACUACACUCAAGACUCUCCGGCAAACAUUCCUUUGCCAUUUUGUCAUUUGCCUUCCCCACCGUUUACAAUCCUUUUGACAUUUUGCAUUCUUCGAUGAAACUUUCCGAGAGGAUGCUGACCUCCACUUUUACUGCUCUUGCCCUCCAGAUUGAUUACUCCUACUUAUUUGUGAUCGAUUUUAUUCAUUGACGUAAUUCACCCAUCUUUUUUUUUUAUUAUUUAAUAAUUACUGGGUUAAACUUCCGGCUACUUGAGCUUUGGGUAUUGUGAAGGAGGGGAGCAAGAUCAAGUUAUGGCAAGACCUCAGGUGACCAUCACUCUUGGACGCUCUGGUCAAAAGGUAGUAAGGAGGACGUCGGAUAACUCUGAGGGUUUCCUUAGCGAUGCUCCGCAUUAUCAGGAACCAAAAGAUCUAGGGCCAAUGGCAGUGCUCAAGAUUCUUUGUUUUACACCAACAAGAGACUCCAGGAGGAUAUAAUUUCAAGAAAUUCCGGAUACACUGGCUCUGCUGAAUGUCCAGGCGAAUUGAGGAACAGAAGAAGAAGGAACUACUGGAAAAGAUGUCGUGGAAUACUCAAUCUUCAGAAGGGCCUGAAAGAUCUCUUUCGAGAAAUAUUGCACCAUUAAGAAGGGCUGGUGAAUCAUUGCGGAUGGAAUCAUUGCAAAGUUCUUACAGUUCUUAUACUGUGGAUGGAUUAAGAAUUAAAGCCCCAACUAGGAAUCCCCAAAUGUCUGGAGGCAUAUCAUCCUCAAGGGCUAUUGGUGAGGUGCUGCAAUCACCAAUGCCAGUCUUGGCUUCCAGAGCUGGACGUAUGGUGUCUUCUGAUCUCUUGGAUCCUUUGCAAAAGGGCCCUACAUCUAUGAGGGUUAUGGCUGCAACCACAAGGACCAGUCUGGAUCCUAGCAAGCCUUUCAAGGAUCUUCCACCAGCAAGUAGCAGUAUGCUGAGAAACACUUAUGCUGAUGAACAUCUUACUGUCACUAGCUUGUUGCAUUCACUUGGUUUGGGCAAGUACGCCAUCCUUUUUCAGGCAGAGGAGGUGGACAUGGCUGCAUUGAAGCAGAUGGGAGACCGUGACUUGAAGGAAUUGGGUAUACCAAUGGGACCAAGGAAGAAAAUCCUAAUAGCUAUGUUGCCCCGAGCUAAACGACCUUCAGCAGGACUACCCUCUGCUGCAUGAAUGCCACCAGCGAUGUAAUUCAGGAAAUUAAAUUCAAAAAAUGUGCUACUUUUUAUUUCCCCAGUCUACAAAUGGAAGUUUCAAAAGCUACAAGGCUACAAAAUACGAAUGUGCAGUUGUUUGCCCUGUGUAUAGCGUUUAACAGUUGGUAAAUCUGUAUCAAAGCAUGAGCAAGUCUCUUGUUCAUGCAACCAAAUGGAAUUUGACCAAUGUCUUGUUUAUAUGUAGGAUGCUUCAAAAGAUAUCAAGCAACAAAGCGUGUUUUUAUCUUGAUGCAUCCUAAAAA